AUUUGUCAGUUUGUCAGAUCGAUAAAAAAUUUCUCGUCAAGUUAUCGACUAAAUAAACAAGAAAUGUUAACGAUGACAUAAAAAUGAGAUUAAUACAGUGGCGCCGCGUCUCGUGCUAGACGGUGGUUUCGUCCAAAUGGCUCAAAUUUAUUUUUAUCCACUCCUCUAACCACCUUCUCCUUCCUUCUUCCUUUUCGUUAUCAUUGUAUGUAUGUCAUCAGCUGCUAUUAUUUAAUUUGAAGAAAUUGCGCUAACGGGUGCCACCGCGAUAUUUUUAUUUGGUAGAUUUAUUUCACUCACAUCAGUUAAAAUGCCGAAUAUAGUAAACGAAAUCAAAUUGGAUUUCAAAGAUGUGCUCUUGCGCCCAAAAAGAUCUACGCUGAAAAGCCGAAAUGAUGUAAAUCUCUACAGAAAUAUCACCUUCAGGAACUCCAAACAAACCUACAAUGGUAUUCCAGUCAUGGCUUCCAACAUGGAUACCAUUGGUACAUUCGAGAUGGCUAAAGUGCUCUCAAAGCAUGGCCUAUUCACCUGCGCCCAUAAGUACUACACAGCUGAGGACUGGAAAAAAUUCGCCAACGAAAAUCCUGAAUGCAUUCCUAACAUAGCUGCAAGCGCUGGCACGGCAGAAGCUGAUUUCCAGAGGCUCAGUGAAGUCCUCAAGGCAGUACCGACAAUCAGUUUCAUAUGUUUAGAUGUAGCAAAUGGCUAUUCACAGCAUUUCGUGGAUUUUGUGAGGAAAGUUAGGGCCACGUUUCCAUCGCAUACCAUUAUAGCUGGCAAUGUUGUAACAGGAGAGAUGGUUGAAGAGUUGAUAUUAUCAGGAGCUGAUAUCAUCAAAGUAGGAAUUGGACCAGGGUCUGUGUGUACAACUCGCAUGAAGACGGGUGUAGGAUAUCCUCAACUUUCGGCGGUAUUGGAAUGUGCUGAUGCUGCACACGGAUUACAAGGUCAUAUAAUUUCGGACGGAGGAUGCACAUGUGCCGGAGAUGUGGCUAAGGCCUUUGGGGCAGGUGCGGACUUUGUUAUGGCAGGUGGCAUGUUUUCUGGCCACGAUCAAUGUGGUGGGGAGAUAAUUGAGAAGAACAAUAAAAAAUUCAAGUUGUUCUAUGGAAUGUCUUCAGCAACUGCUAUGCAGAAACAUGCAGGAGGUGUGGCGGAGUAUCGUUCUUCUGAAGGUAAAACUGUGGAAGUUCCAUACAAAGGAGACGUUGAAAGCACUAUUUUGGAUAUCCUCGGAGGACUACGUAGUGCCUGUACUUAUACUGGGGCCAGUAAACUGAAAGAGUUACCACGUAGAGCUACUUUCAUUCGUUGCACUCAACAAUUGAAUACCAUCUACAGUUAGUUCUUUGUGAAUUUCUAGUCAAUUAUUUCAAUUGUAACUAGCGAAUUUUAUUUUUUUUUCGAAUAUUCCAUGUUAUACCGUUUUUUUUAAUUUAAAAUAUACUCGAUCAUUCAGAGGUGCCAUGUCGAUGUUGAUGACAGUUUCAAGAUAUUUUGCCGAAUAGAAGAAAUGUUUUGUCUUGAAUGUUCCUCUUCAGCAUGAUUAUUGUGCCAUUAUUCACGCACAAGUAGUAUUAUAAAUUUUUGUAGCAGUAUUUUGUAUUUCAAAAUUAAAAAUCGCAUCAUGGUAGCUUGAGACAAACAAAAAAUAAAUUCAUAGGUUUUAUCAACUUCUGGAUUUUGUUUGAAUGUGAAAAUAAUGAAAAUACCUAAACCUUGGAGACAGCUCAAAGCCAAAUAAUGAGUAUUUGUGAUCAGUAUACAGAUUACCCAUAAUUAUAACAUGAUUUUUAUAUUGAACCUUCAAUGAAAGUUGUGAUCGCACAAUUUAGUUAUUACAAAUGUAAUUUAUUUAUUCAUGAUCUGAGAUUAAGAUCUUUUGUGGCGCCUGAAUAGUGUUAAUUAAUAAAUGUUAUCAAUAAU